CAUCACUUUUUCCCAUAUAACCGUGUCCCAGUCUGAUGUACACUUCGUAUGGAAUGACCCAUAUGUACCUGGAUGGUCUUUAAAAAAUGUUUCUUUAAUCGAUUGACCUACUUCACAAUAAUAUUAUAUCAUGACGUGACGAUGACGGUAAUUUAUUAUUAUAUUUUAUCCGAUAAUCUAAUGCUUGCAGAUCAGGUAGUCAACCGGCCGAUGUAUCUAUUGACGAAAUUAUUCAUGCAAAAAAACUAUAUGAAAGUGCGUUUCAUCCGGAUAGCGGGGAAUUGCAAAAUAUAUUUGGCCGCAUGAGUUUUCAAAUGCCUGGUGGAAUGGCAAUUACUGGAGCAAUGCUGCAAUGGUACAGAACUAAUACGGCUGUUAUAUUCUGGCAAUGGGUGAACCAAUCUUUUAAUGCACUAGUCAAUUAUACUAAUAGAAAUGCUAAUUCGUCAUUAACGACGACACAAUUAGUGGUAUCAUAUGUUUCAGCUACAAGCUCAGCACUUCUAGCUGCAGUUGGUUAUAAAGGAUACUUAACUAAAAAAGCCAGCCCGUUUUUUCAGCGUUAUGUACCAUUUGUAGCCGUUGCAGUAGCAAACUGCAUUAAUAUACCACUAAUGCGACAAAACGAACUGAUAUACGGAAUUGACAUCCAAGACGAAAACGGAAAUACUGUUGGAAAAAGUCGAGUUGCUGCUGCCAAAGGAAUUUCUCAGGUGGUUUUCUCUCGCAUUGCUAUGUGCGCUCCUGGCAUGUUAAUAUUGCCAAUUAUAAUGGAAAAGUUGGAAAAACAUAAAUCCUUUCGCAGUAUUUCAUUUUUGCAUGCCCCUUUCCAAGUGGUGGUGGUUGGUUGCUUCUUAACAGUCAUGGUUCCCACUGCUUGUGCAUUAUUUCCACAAACUGCAUCAAUAAGCACUGGAAUUAUUAAAGUACUAGAACCAGAAUUUUAUGAAGAUAUGCGGAGAAACGGGAAAAUUCCUAGCAAAGUUUAUUUCAAUAAGGGAUUAUAAUUCCACUUGAAAAGCACUUUCUUAGUAUAUGUAACUUCAUAGUAUAAGUUAGCUUCAUCAUUUAUUGUAACCAAAGACAUAAAACUACAUAUUACUUCUUAAAAGUAAUUCUUAAA